UAAAAUACUAACAAACCAAAUUCAACAGCACAUUAAAAGGAUCAUACAUUAUGAUCAAGUAGGAUUCAUCCCUGGAUGCAAAGAUGGUUCAACAUAUGCAAAUCAUAAAAUGAAUGAAAAUAAACCAAGUGACUCACGGACUCUCGCUUGUGUUUUCUGUCGAAAAAAUGAUGAUUGUCCUAAUAAAUAUGGAGAAAAGAAAAUUAAUGAGAAAUGGAAUCUCACUGUACAUUACUAUUGUUUGUUGAUGUCAAGUGGAAUUUGGCAAAGAGGUAAAGAAGAAGAAGGAGUUUAUGGUUUCCUAAUAGAAGACAUAAGGAAAGAAGUGAAUAGAGCUUCUAAACUGAAAUGCUGUGUUUGCAAGAAAAGUGGUGCUUCAAUUGGAUGUGUUGCACCUCGAUGUAAACGAAGUUAUCAUUUCCCAUGUGGACUUCAGAGAGAAUGUAUUUUCCAGUUCACUGGCAAUUUUGCGUCAUUUUGUUGGAACCAUCGACCUGUUCAAAUAAUUACACCUAAUAAUUAUAGAGAAUCCUUACCAUGCACCAUUUGCUUGGAAUUUAUUGAGCCUAUUCCAACUUAUAGCAUAUUACGAAGUCCUUGUUGUAAGAAUGCUUGGUUUCAUAGAGACUGUUUACAGGUUCAAGCAAUAAAUGCAGGAGUGUUUUUCUUUAGGUGCACAGUAUGCAAUAAUAGUGACAUAUUUCAGAAAGAGAUGUUGAGAAUGGGAAUUCAUAUUCCUGAAAAAGAUGCAUCUUGGGAAUUAGAAGAAAAUGCUUAUCAAGAGCUUCUGCAGCACUAUGAGCAUUGUGAUGUACGAAGAUGUCGUUGCAAGGAAGGGCGAGACUAUAAUGUGCCUAAUAGCAAAUGGGAAAUAAAGCGUUGUCAAUCUUGUGGUUCUAGUGGAACACAUUUAGCCUGUUCCUCACUACGAUCGUGGGAACAAAAUUGGGAGUGUUUGGACUGUAGAGGUAUUACCUACAACUCAGGGGGUUUCCAAAAAGCCAAAAAACAUACAUUACCCAACACUAACAAUGUUGGAAUAAAUGAUUGCUUGUUGGAAGAAUCGUCACCUAAAUUACCCAGACAGUCACCUGGAGCCCAGCAAAAAGAUCUGCUGAGGCAAGGCAACAAAUUUAGGAGAGACAUUUCAACAAUAAUUAUAGAGCUAGGAUUUCAAAUUACUAAAAAAACAAAAAGAUUAUAUAUCAACAAAGCCGAUAUCUGGAAUAGUGCCUUAAAUGGAUUCAGAAAUCAAAAGUUUAAUCCUGCAUACACAAUUGAAGUUGCAUAUGUUAAUGAAAAUGAUAAUUUUGGAACAGAGCAUCCUGGAUCAAAGCAAGAAUUCCUAAGUCUUUUAAUGCAACAUCUUGAGAACUCACCAUUGUUUGAAGGGUCCUUGUCAAAGAACUUGUCCCUAAAUUCUCAAGCUCUGAAAGAGAAUCAUUACUAUGAAGCUGGCAAAAUGCUUGCCAUUUCUUUGGCUCAUGGUGGUCCUUCACCUGGUUUUUUUUCUAAAACUUUGUUUAACUGCCUUGUUUUUGGACCAGAAAAUACCUUUCCAACUUUAGAUGAUGUUUCAGACUUUGAUGUGGCACAGAUUUUAAUCAGGAUAAAUAGUGCAACAAAUGUAGCUGACUUAAACUCAAUUAUGAAUGAAUGCUAUAACUACCUAGAGCUUAUUGGAUGUCUAAGAAUUAUAACAUCAUUAAGUGACAAAUAUUUAUUGGCAAAAGACAUACUUGCUUACCAUGUAAUUAAAAGAGUCCAAGCACCUUUUGAAAGUUUUAAGCAGGGUCUGAAAACUCUUGGAGUUUUGGAGAAAAUUCAGACUUAUCCAGAAGCAUUUUAUAGCAUCUUCUGUCAUAAACCUGAGAAUCUUUCUGCAAAAAUGCUUAGAGAUCUUUUUACAGUACACACAUGUGACGCACAGUCUUUGGGGUUUUGGAACAGUUACUUACAGGCUGUUGAGGAUGGUAAAUCUGCAACAACAUUGGAAGACAUUCUUAUUUUUGCAACUGGUUGCAAUUCCAUUCCACCUGCUGGAUUUAAACCCACUCCUUCAGUUGAGUGCCUUCAUAUGGAUUUUCCUGUUGGAAACAAGUGUAAUAACUGUUUAGCUCUUCCAAUCACCAAUACAUAUAAAGAAUUUCAAGAAAAAAUGGACUUUUCCAUAAGAAACACUUUAAGACUAGAAAAAGAAGAAAGCUCUCACUACAUUGGACAUUAAGAUGUUUUGAACAAAGAGAUGCUUCUUUAAAGCUGCUAUUGAUAUUUUUGUUUCAGAAAUCUGUCCAUUAUCACUUUUGAACAAACUUGUCAGCUUCUUGGUCCAAUAAAAUUUAUGAUGUGAAUAUUAAGGAAUGUUUUGGCCAUUUAAACGAAAAAAAAUUUUGUUAAGUUAUACCAUUUAAAGUUGAUGAUGUUUUUCUAUUUUGUUAGUAUACAUGCUUUAUAAUGUUCAAUAUAAAUUUUUUUAGAAUGGCUGUUAGACUUUCUUCAAGCAUAGUAGCAUGGUAUAUAUAAGAGAAAAGCUUGUACUCACUAUUUUUGUAAAUUUGGAUUAGCUAUAGGAUGCCACAUUUCAAAUUAUUAUUUUAUUUUAAAGCGUUAAAUGGAAAAGCUAAUUGAUAAAUUCUGUUAUAUAAAUCAAAGGCACAUAUUCUGGGGUAUGUGUUACAUGUAUCCUUUUCUAGGAUGGCACUAAAUUGGUUGUUAAAAGUGUUUUUUUUUUAGGUUACUGAUUAUAUUAAAAUAGACCCACACUGCAAUUAUAUUAUGCCUAAGGAAGUAUGUAUUACAGAAAAAGCGGAAUUGCACAAAUAUUCUAUGAUCUAUGGACAUUCCAUAGUCUUAAAAAUACUCCUGAGGUGGAUAAAAAUAUAUUAAAAAGUGUAUUCUUUAAAGCCUUGGCUUUAAUCAUAGGAGUUUUUCCCCAUGUUAGAUCCAUACUCAUUUCAGGUAUCUGAAUAAUAUCUGUGGGUUGUCAUAUGGUGGUUUGGCUAUUUGACAGGUAUUUAUUUUUAAGAUGAUUGUAUGAUAAGUAAGCUCGCACCAUUGCUUUACUGCUAUCUUUUUUGCUCUUGAAAGGUAUCUGUUAUUUUAUAGGUAAUGUAGAAAUAUGUAAGAAAGAAAUACAAAUAGAAUGAAAAACCCACUCUAAUCUCACCAUGCAGAAUUAACUGAUGUGUUUCCGCCUAUCCUUCUACAAACUCUUUUAUUCCAUUUUGUAACUUUAUUAAUGUUACUAAAAGUAACAAGAAACUAUGUAAUAACAAUUUGAAGUUUAUGUCCCCACCAUAGUCAUGUCACCAUAAUUAUAUACACUUUCACAAAAGAAGAAAUUGGAAAAGUCUAAUUUCUAUAAUGUUAUCAAAUAUAAAUGGGUUUUCCACCAAAGUAAAUCAUAUGAGAGGUAAAUUGCUUAGUUGCAACCACAUCAUUUUUAUUU